AUGGGUUGGGGUUAUAGAGAUACAUUUUUCGUGGCUAUCCUCCUUAUUUUAACUACAAUCUCCUCUUCAUUAGAUUCGCCCCCCACAAGUUUCAAUAGAGAUGGAAAGAAAGAGAAAUUCUCAGAGACUGGAGAAGAGAUUAAAUGGUUGUAUGAGGAGUGGCUAGUUUUGCAUGAUAAGUCAUACAAUGAGCCCAGCGAGAGGGACCAUAGAUUUGAGAUCUUCAAAAAAAAUCUUCACCUUAUUGAUGAACACAAUCGCCUUAAGAACACCAGCUCAUAUACCCUUGGCCUCAACCAAUUUUCCGAUCUCACUUAUAAAGAAUUUGCUUCCCAUUAUCUGAAUAUCUACACUAACACAACUGAACAGUUCAUCUUCUCUGAUAGUGAUCGAUACAUGUACAAGGAUGGCGAGAUACUGCCUGAUUUCGUAGAUUGGAGAUCCCGUGGUGCUGUGGGCCUCGUGAAGGACCAAGGAAGAUGCAGUAAGUUUUUUCAGUAGCUCUUGCACACUCACGUAACUUUCCUCAAAGUCAGAUGAUUUUUUUUUUACACAAUGUUCUUUAUGUGUAAAAUGAUGCAUCAAGAUUUUAUUUUCAAAAUAUGUGUUAACAAACAUAUGUACAUAGGAUUUUAGUUUUUCAAGAAAUAUCUUUUCUAGGUUCAUCGUGAACUAUUUUUUAUCAAUAUAUGACAUGAAUUUAUUUUAAAAAUUCUAAAAUCUAUAUGGUAUUUCUAUAGGCUCUUUGUCAAAUCAAUUUAUUUAUUUUAUUAAUUUUAAUCUAUCAAUACAUUCAAUUACUACAAUAAAAGUUCAGCGAUUAGAAUAUUUUUUAUAAUAUUGACAUUAUUGUCAACUUGAUAUUAUGGACUCACAUUGUGUUUUAUUUUGAAUUUAGAGUGUUGUUGGGCAUUUUCUGCUAUUGCUGCCAUUGAAGGGGUAAAUCAAAUCACUACUGGUGAAUUCGUAACUCUUUCAGAGCAGCAAAUAUUGGAUUGUGAAAUGACAAACACUGGAUGCUGCAAAACUGGCUAUGUUAACUAUGCCUACGAAUUUGUCAUUAUGAAUGGAGGCAUUGACACGGAUACAAGUUAUCCAUACCAUGGCAAAAAGAAGAAAUGCAAGUGGAACGGUGUAAGCUAUCUUCUAUGUAAUCCUUAAUUUCAAUGCUUAUUUAUUACAUGGCUAAUUCUUUGUCGAUGUCUCAAAAGGAAACUGUUGUGGGCAUUACAAACUAUGAAUUCAUUCCACGGUAUAGCGAGAGAUCUCUACAGAAAGCAGUGGCAAAUCAGCCUAUAAGUGUUGUGAUUCGCACGCAUUGCAUAGCUUUCCAAUUCUACAAAUCAGUAAGCUCAGUCUGCCGGAAAUAUUUCUAUCAUACUGUAAUGUUGGGAAAUAUUUCCAACUUCAUAUCUACAUUGAUGCAUCUAAUAUAGAGAAGUUAAUUACGAGAUACCAACUGAUCAAAAUUCUGAAUGGAUUAAACUUCAGUGUCAAUAAUAUGAAGGGAAACGAAUAAAUCUGACAACACUAAACACUUUGGUCUCAAGAUUUUGCAUGUUUUAUUGAAGACUAUGCCAUCUGACAUACUAACAUCAUUUCAGUUAUAAAUAGGAAAUAAUGACAGGAUCGUACUACCAUUUUUGGCUUGGAUCAAGUAUUCUUAUUUUCUAGAACAAGUAUUCUAACUUGUUAUAUAAUUUAGAGACAAAUCUACAGAAAACCUUACACAGUUCCAUGCAUAAUUACAAAAAUAGAGCUUUUAUCAAUGUGGCAUUGAGGCACAUCAAAAAGAAUCAUCAAUGAAAUUGAAAUUGCAUCACUCAAAAUGUUGUCAUGAUUCUAGAUAUGGAACAAAAUAGAAUAUUUCAUUGGAAUGUAUAAUACAUAACAUUAUGUUGAGUUUGAAGUGUUUGGGUACAUCAAUUGUCAGCAAUCAACUUUUGUACUAGCAAUUUGAUGUUCCAAACAUAUUAGUAAUAUGAUGUAAUAAGUUAGUGCUUUGAACAUAAACCUUGCAUGGUUUUUCAACAUAAUGUGUGUGAAUAUGUACAUUCCAGAAAUAGAUGAAAAACUUAAUAAAGAUUAACCUAUGGAUGAACAAUGAUACACUUAAUUUGAGUAUGCAACCUUCCAAGAGUUCAUUCCUUAAAGUUGAUUUUUCUUUAUUUUACAUUCCUUAGCAUUAAGUCAAAUCAUGGAAAACUACCUUCAGAAUAAAAUCAACAAUACUCUAAAGAAGAAACACCAUGUUAGGCCGCAUCCAUUUGAUAUUUACAUUAUUUUGAAUACACUAGGACAAGAUAUUGGGAAGGAAGAAUAAAUAGUAAUAUAGACAAAAAGAUGGCAUCAUAUUUUAUUUUAUAUUAUUUUAAGAUGUUAUCUUCCAUCACAAAUCUUUCUUAUUGGUUUCUUGUACCCGAAAAAAAUGUAUUUAACUUUUUUUGAUGUAGAGAUAUUUCCAGGAUAAUCACUUUUUCUUUUUAACAUUGAUAAAAAUGGAAAAUUCUAUCUUUAUAUUUAGUCCCCAUUUCAUGAUAUUUCACCCUUAGCCAAAAUAAUUCUGCAGCUUUUAUGAUGAUAACUUCAAGUGGGAUUUUCUAUAUGUCUAUCUAUAUGGAAUCCAUGUUAGCGUCCCAUUCCCUGUGCUGAAAAUAUAGGCAUUAAGAAGUAGAGAAACUUUGUUGACUACAUUGUAUGACCAUGGAAUGCUCUCUUGUAUAGUUGUUCUAAGUUAACACUUAAGUCUUCUAAAACUUGGAAAUUUGAUUUUUUGAAAAGAUGAAUAUCCAUCUAACAUUUUAUAGACUUUCUUCAACUGACCUUAUUUCUUAUCUUUUAGGGAAUAUUUAAUGGACCAUGUGGAAAAAAGCUAAGGCAUGCCAUGGUUGUAGUUGGAUUUGGCAAUGAAAAUGGAGAAGAUUAUUGGAUAGUGAAAAACUCAUGGGGAGACAAAUGGGGAGAGAAUGGCUACAUCAGAAUGAAACGCAAUGUUGAUAAGCCUGCUGGUGUGUGUGGAAUCACUACAUAUGCAUCAUAUCCUUUAAUGACCUACUCCUCUUUAAGCAAUUAG